GUACUAAUUCGCGCUCACUUUUCAAGCGUACCUCAAGGGAGAAAUCCUAACUCAUCAGCUUAAUCCCUUAUUCUUCUUUGCCAACAUCCCCGCAUCACCGUUCGCCAUGACUCUCAAUUCGAACCCUCAGGCCCGCAUCUCGCAUCUGCCGCGAGUAGAUGGCUCGGCAACGUUUUCAAGGGGCGGUUAUUGCGUGGUUGCGGCCGUCAAUGGGCCGAUUGAGGUCCAACGACGAGACGAAAACCCCUUCGAAUCAGUCGUCGAUGUUGUCGUACGACCUGCUGCAGGGGUCGGAGGCACAGGAGAGCGCCAACUCGAGAAUAUUUUGCGUUCCGCCCUUCGCCAGCUGAUUCCCGUCAAAAACUUUCCUCGUUGUCUCAUUCAGGUCACGCUUCAGGUGACUGAGACGCCGCAGAACGAUUAUGCGAACAGCAAAGUAGUCCAGGCUCAUUCUAGCCUGCCUCAGUUACCGGCCCUCUUUCACAGCGCCAUCUUGGCCUUGCUGUCGGCCGCCGUGCCUUUGAAGGCUAUUGCCACAUGCGCCACUUUGGCCGUCGUCGAGAAGGUUGACAAGAUCAUCGUUGACCCUUCUCCUCUGGAGAUAGACCAGUCAAAAUCGCUCCACGUUGUCAUAUUUACGUCGCAGAACGACCUCUUGUUGCUGGAGAGUGAGGGAACUUUCUCCAUGGCCGAGUGGGAUGAAGUGAUUAGCAAAGGUCAACUAGUGUGCAGCCAGCACCGCCAAGCGGAGUUGGGCGCGGCCAUGGACGACGACAGCCAAGACACGACCGACAUGCAGCAGUUCAUCCGGACCGUCAUGGAAUCGAAGGCUGCGUAAAAUCAGCCCAUCAACCGAAGCAUACAGGGUCUUGGAACCGCCGAGCGACUACCAAGGCGUGGGUGAUGCCGCACUCAGGAGUUCCAGUGGAGGAGAGAUGUCAACACUGGCACACUGCAAUCGACGGUGAGAUGGAUGAUACCAACGAAGAACACGCGGCAUCGACGUCUAGGCAUCGGGGCUUGCGCCAUUGUAGCAAUAGGGAUGGACCGGACUGGUUCGCUCAGUUAUGAGUGGCGAGAACGACAGACUGGGGAGAGUGUCGAAACGAGACGGCCGAUGGGGUGGCAGGCGAA